AUGGGUAGCAUUCCCUUCAAUCCAGCCGUCGCAAUGCGCUUCCUCGACUACUACAAUAUGACCUUACAGUUCCAGUCCACACUGGGAUACCUCAAAGCGCCACCCGCAGGCUACCAACGAGCGCCAUUCGACGUCGACCAAGCCUUAGAGCAGAUCAAGCAGAACGUGACUGCGGCUGCCUACAACAACCAAUACGAAUUUGAGGCACAAAUUCAGCUCCUGGUAAACCAGCUUCAUGACACACACGUUAUCCUCAAUGCCGGGGCUCUGUCGGCAUUCUCCUUCGUCGGCUCAUAUGGGCUUGUAAGUGCGUCAAUUGACGGCAAACAAGCGCCAGACAUCUACCUUGAUCAGGACCUAUACGAAGCUUGGGCGAUUGAUGAAUACGAAGCGUCACCUGUGACCCAUAUCAACGGGGUCGACGUGAUCGAAUACCUGGAAAGCUUUGCCAACCAAAAUUCGCAAGGCUUCUUGGAACCACAUGCAGAUUGGAAUGCGAUAAUGAAUAGUCCUGCGCUCAAUAUCCAGGGUAUUCCGAGUACAUUCCAGUCGGCAAGGCUUUACCCCGGCAAUGGAGUCUUCUCUGAUGCGCUAAACUUUACACUCCAGAAUACCACUGUCGUCGAAACCGUCUGGUGGGCAAUCUGCAUCGGUUGUGAGGAUACAGGACCCCUUACCACUGGCGGCGACUUCUACAACUAUUUUGUUCUUGGCUUCUUGCCAGACAGUUAUAGUGAAGGCGAGCAGUGGUGGCCAGCCAUCGAAGACGAGGUUCCUCCUCCAGCCGACCAAAGCGAUGGUACGUUCAACUUCACAGCGGCACUGGAAAUUUAUUGCAAUGAAGGAGCUUCGUCGAGCCAAAACUGGUGCAUGAACAGCUUUGGCGCAUACCCGAAUAACCCCAUGACCAUCCAAGCCGACCUUUCCAUCACAGGAGGAGGCAUCGUGUCCAGCUAUAUGUUAGAUGGGAAAUCUACCGCUAUCCUUAGCAUACCCUCAUUCUAUCAGAACGGUAUCGAUACCUCCAACUUUCGGCAGGCGAUUCGCGACUUCAUCGGCAACGCAUCACAAAGUCCGGCUUCCCGUGUCAUUAUCGAUCUGCAACAGAACUCUGGAGGUCUUGUGUUCCUUGCGUACGAUACCUUCAAGCAAUUCUUUCCGAAUCUUGAGCCCAACGGUGCAAGCCGCCAGCGCAGUCAUGAAUUGAGCGAUCAUCUUGGUGAGGCUUAUACAGAAUGGUGGGACCACUCAGGCCAGGCCCAGCCUGAAAACUACAAUUGGGCGUCGAGCGAGUGGAUCGUCACUAAUCGCAUCAACGCCGCUACUGGGAAAACUUUCUCGUCUUGGGACGAGUUCUACGGUCCAGAGAUUAGCAACGGCGACACCUUCUCGGGGAGUCAACGAUACAAUUUGUCCGAUGAGAGUUUCGACUAUUCCGCAUUUGGCGACUACCCAUAUGGCUACGAUCCCAGCGACCCCAUAACCAACACUUCACCACCUUGGGCUCCUGAACAGAUAGUCAUUCUUACUGAUGGCUUGUGCGCCUCUGCAUGCGCUGUUUUUGUCGAGUUCAUGACCUAUGAAGCUGGAGUCAAAACCAUUGUCGUUGGUGGUCAGCCCAAGCCCGGCCCCAUGCAAGCAGUCGGCGGCACUCGUGGCGCCGCCGCAUACUCUGCUGACGCCCUCGACUACGAUUUUGACGAAGGAUUGCAGUAUAUGCCUGUGAAUAAGCCCGAAGUAGUUAUACAACUGCCCAACCGAACGGAUACAGGAAUGUGGAUCAAUUACGCCGGUUUCACAGUCAGGAACCAAGUGCGCGGCACGGAGCUCACACCCCUCCAGUUCCAAUACCAGGCUGCCGAUUGUCGUAUCUACUACACGCUUGAGACGAUCUAUAAUAUGACGCAACUUUGGAACCACACUGCUCGUGCAGCAUGGGACGACUCGACGCUUUGUGUCCAGGAUUCCACAGGUUAUCCAACGGCCCGCAACAAGACUUCGGCCAAACUGCCCCCAUCAGCCAUACCCGCCGCCUCACUGGCAGUCUAUGACUUCUCGCCGCCGCCGUCCGCUGAUAACGCAACCAGGUAA